AUGGCUGAUAUUAAUCCUAUUGCUGAUAUAAAUCAACAAAAUAAUGAAGACUUCAAUGAUAAUUCCAGUGACCACUCUUUUUACCCAACACAAAUAAGUAAACUUGAUUUUGGUGACCCCUUGUAUCUUCAUGCAAGUGACACCUCUGGAACACCCCUUAUCAACUUUAAACUUAAAGGGACUGAGAAUUACAAGGUUUGGGCUUGUGCUAUGACUUUAGCUCUUGAAACAAAAAACAAAGUUGGUUUUAUUGAUGGUUCUGUUGUUAAAAAUGAGGAAGAUGAAAUUUUGUCAAAACAGUGGGACAGGUGCAACUCUGUUGUCCUAUCUUGGAUCUUAAGUUCUCUUAAUGAAGAAGUGUAUAUGAGUCAAAUUUUUUCAAAACAUGCUAAUCUGGUAUGGGAAGAACUAAAAGAGACCUAUGACAAAGUUGAUGGCUCCAUAAUUUUUAACCUUCAUCACAGUAUUCACUCUCUAACUCAAAAUGGAACACCCUUGUCUGAAUAUUAUCAUAAACUGAACUCUCUUUGGAAACAAUAUGAUGCCUUGGUACAUCUGCCUACUUGUGUUUGUAAUGCUACUAAGGAAAUUAAAAGUCAUACUCAGGUUAUGAAACUCAUGCAGUUUCUGAUGGGAUUGGAUGAUGAAUACAUUCCCAUAAGGAGCACUUUGUUGACCAGAGAACCUUUACCCACUGUAAAAGUUGCCUUUGCCAUUAUGUCUAGGGAAGAGUCUCACAGAGGAACCACUGUGAGAGACUCCAGGCAGAAACCACAGGCCUCUGCCUUUGUGUCAAAAAGUUUUGAAACCAAAAGACCCUUCUCUAGACCCACCUUCAACAAGGGUUCAAAUUCUGAAAUGAAAUGCACUAAAUGUAACAGAACUGGUCAUACUAUUGACAAAUGCUUUGAAAUUCAUGGUGUUCCUUCACAUUACAACAACCCUAAUUUUAAAAGAAACUCUGGUGUGCAUCAAAACACUUCUAGAUAUACCAUUCCUCAAAACAGAUUUUUUAAUGAGCAAAACAGAUUUUCUAGUGACACUUAUGGCAAUAGAAGGUUCUCUAAUAACAGCAUGGUUCCUGAAACUGUUCAACCUAAUUUCAAUUCUCCUUCUUCCUCUUCUCAAAUUAUCAAUCCUUCUUCUAUGCAAUUUACCCCUGAUCAGUUUUCUCAAAUCCUGAGUCUCCUUAAUGAAAGGAAUGGAUCUCAAAAGACUCAAGCCAAUAUGGCAGGUACUAUUCAAAACUCAAAUCAUUUUUUCAAUCAAAAUUUCAAUAGGUUCUAUUGUGCUACUGUCCAUAUAAAACAUGACAAGGAAUCUCUGGGUUGGGUUGUAGAUUAUGGUGCAAAUUCACACAUGGUGUGCACUGAAAAUGAUUUAAUUGAUCCCAUUGACAUUACCAGUCUCAACCUUACUGUUGGACACCCAAAUGGAACCAAUGCUAAGAUCAUAAAAAUUGGGAAUCUUAAAAUUUCAGAUGAAAUUACUAUCUUUGAUGCUCUGUUUGUACCUGAAUAUUGUGUAAACUUGUUAUCUGUUCAUAAAUUAGCUAAAGAUAGUAAGUUAUUCAUUGGAUUUGAUGAGGAUAAGUGUUAUAUACAGGAUUUGAGAACAAAGAAAGUCCUGGGGACUGGUAGUGAGAGUGGUUGCCUUUAUCUAUUUGAUUCACAUAGAAAAGGUAGGAGUUUUGUGCUUAGCAAUAAUACUUUAGGCAAUACUUGUUCUACUAAUAUUUGGCAUAAUAGACUUGGUCAUCCUGCUGAUCAAGUCCUGAAUGUUUUAAAGUUAAAACUGGAUAACUCUUCACCUUGUGAAGUCUGUCUUAAAGCCAAACAUGUGAGGGAACCCUUUCCCUUAAGUGACCACACUAGCAAAGCUAUUGGUGAUCUUGUGCACAUUGACCUUUGGGGACCAUAUAGGGUCACUAGUAGAGAAGGAUACAAACUGUUUUUGACCAUUGUUGAUGACUUUUCCAGGGCAGUAUGGGUCUAUAUACUUAAAACUAAAGCUGAAACAUUUGAUAACCUUAUGAAUUUUUACAACUUGCUUCACACUCAAUUUAAUGUAAGGGUACUUGGACUAAAGGAGCUAAACUUAUCAAAGAAGGACUGUAUAUGUCAAGCUGGAUAUUCCUGA